AUGCGUUACUCUGUGCAAGUUGCCGAUAACAUGCACAUUGAAAGUAUACCCUGGUCCUCUAUGAAGAGUGUGGAACAGAUGGCGGAACAUACUAACGCAGCCAUGGAUAAUGAGUCGGUUCAGGAAGAAGCUGCCAAAGAACCAGAAAACGCGGAUGGGGCCUCUUCUCCAGUAGAAGUGGACGUCGGUGCCUCUCAGGCUGCGCGUGAUGUGGUUGUACAAGGGGCGCUGCACAUUGACGGCAUUCUGACACGUAUUGUGGUGAAGCCGGAAUUACCAGAUCCGCCGGUUGUCCCGCAGAAGCGGAAAAAGUCCAAAGCUAAGAAAAAUGCCAAGGCACUCCAGGAGGAGCAAGAACGACUGGAAGCGGAAGCGAAAUUAUAUGAAGAAAAAGUUGAGGCAGCUGUCGCUGCGGCACGAGAGGAGGAGGAGCGCCGCAUGCAAUUCGCUCACCCUGAUCGCUGGCCUCACGUGACAUUCGCGAAUAUGACUUUUGCGGGGCAAGUGAUAGUAUCUCACUCUCAUGUGAGAUUCCAGAACUGCUGUUUCGUUGCAAGUGCACCAGAAAUAACGCAACUCCUCGUGGCGCAGUACUGUCAAGUCGAGUGUCUGAGGUGUGCCUUUGAGUGCCCUAUAAAGGCCAGUGUGUACGGUUGGCCAAGGGGGCAAUUGACGUUUCAGAGGUGUAUCUUCACCGGCUUCCCACAAAACGACUCUGGGGAAGAAGUGCUUGCAGCCUCCCCUCGUGAAGUGCGGCCAAAGGCUGUGGGACUCCACACGGACAGCUGCAAGGUGACUCUGGAGGGUUGCCAGUUUACAGGAUUGGGCACUGGUAUCCUCCUGCGUGGAUCAAUUCCAGGUGCAACCGCUGAAGCCCCCGCGAUGGUGGUGAAGGGGUGUAAGAUAGACAAUAUUUUCGGCACAGGUGUCAUCUUGGAGAAUGUACAUGGGGUGGAGUUAGUGAAGAACAAAAUCACAGAUUGUGACUAUUACGCCUUGGAUUGUAUCAAAGGCCGCGCCAUCCAUGUGUUCCAGAAUGCUUUUACCUCGCAGGUGCGCGUUCAGGACGCAGCACAUGCCAAAUUCUUGCACAACAAGAGUGGGACGGUUCCGUUAAACCUCAAGGAGGUUGAGAAUCCCAACUGGCAGCCGGUGUACUAA